AAGAGCUCCAACUUGCCCGAGAGUCUCGCGUAACCUUGGCGCAAUUACGUUCUGGAUGCUGUAGCAGGUUAAACUCCUACUUAUCCAGAAUCACCCCGACAUACGAAACAUAUGCCCGGCAUGUGAAGGCACCCCGAACGACACUUACCACCUUUUCACAUGCCCCAUUAUGGUACACCCAUUCAUCUAACACACCUCUCCCUCUGGACCCAACCUGUCAAAACAGCUAGUUUCCUGGGCGUACCGUUAGAUGAGCUAGACGAAGACGACCGGUUAUUACACUACACUAACAGGGCAAAGUUACUGCUACAACAACAACAUCAACCACAUUCACUGUUGGAAGCUAGAAGCGAAUAUUUCAGUUUUAAACAUACAAUUGCGAUUAAAACCAGGAAAUUAUCUGUGUCAGUACAUACAUUAGAUCUUUUGUUGCAUGGAUUGAAAUCGAAUGCUAAUUCAGAUAUCGAGUAUAGGCAGGAGCUCACAGAUUUAGAAAACGUCAUACAAACCUAUAUCGAUACCGCACAGCGCACAGCACAAGAUAAAAUCCAAAUGGAUUCAAUAAAAUUAAUAUAA